AUGACUAUGACGGACGGGAAUACCAUGAACCAGACGACGGUAACUCAGGCGCCGGUUGGGAAAGAUCAGGACGACGAUCAGUGGAACUACAAGCUGCGUUGCACAUGGGUCCAUCCCGCAUGCAUUGUUCUCGAUCCCUGGUCAAAAAUAUCUGUAUCAACGACCUCCACAAUAACUAGCAGCAAGACAUUGUCCCCAGCUACCAGCAAGACAUUGGCCCGCACUACCGGUAUCAGUAGAGGUACCACUGAUGCCACGAAAAGCGGUGCUGCACCCAAGAUGCCCUGUCCAAGGAACCAAUGGGACAAGCAACAACUACAGAGCAUCCUAUUUGAUUUGCUCACCACAGUAGCUGUUGGCUGCCUGUCCUACAAAUACCCUGGCUUGGUGAAUCCCUGGGAAAUGUCACUGGUGCAAUGGUUGAUUGGAGCUGCGUUGCUCAGAGGUCUUGUAUGUGUGCAUGAGAAUGUGAUCUUUGUGUUACUUGCGGAAACUGUGGUUGGUGGCCGCAAGAACUUGCUCCCAACCCGAACAACACCCAAACCUGUUCGAACUGCUGACUUGGAUGCCAAAUCCUGUGUCUACUUGAUGAUUAACACCUUUGAUGAAUGGGUGUAUUUCUUACAACUGGGUCAUUUUCUCUGGCAUUCACCUCACACACCCUUGCAGUGGCAAGAAUUUCACAUUCUCAGCUUGCUGGGGUCAUUGGCCAUCAUGUUCAUAGUCCAAGAUUUGUGGUAUGCACCCAUGCACCACCUGAUGCACCAACCCUGGAAUUAUUCGCUCAUCCACAAACAUCAUCAUCGAGAACAUUAUCCCACUCGAGGCUAUUGGGAUGCUAUAAAUGAACACCCAAUUGAACAUUUUGUUUUGGGUGUUGGGGGUAUGUGGAUAGCCAUACUGGCAGCUACUUAUGGACCCACAGGAGCUCAUGGCAUUUCCAUUUUCCUGUUUGUCAAUAUCCAUGCAAUAUUGGGCAUGUUCAAUCAUGCACCAUAUGAUGUCGAGUUUGAUGUCAUUCCUGGACUACUGAGAUACAAAUCCGGCAAUCAUGAAAUGCACCACCGCAAGUUUACCAUCAACUAUGCUCAACAUUUGUUUUUGUACGAUAACUUGGUGGGAACUUUUGCCCCCUAUGAAGGACCACCUUCAGUGGCAGAAGUGGAGAAAGAGAAGGAGUCUUAA